AUGGUGAUUGCGUGUGCAUCUCUCAAACCACGGAUAAAUAUAGAAAGUGGUCGACGGCGCCCACAGAAUAUAGAAAGCGGUCGACCGCUCGCACAGGACAUAGAAAGUGGUCGACCUCGCCCACAGAAUGUAGAAAGUGGUCGACGGCGCCCACAGAAUAUAGAAAGUGGUCGACCGCUCCCACAGAACAUAGAAAGUGGUCGACGGCGCCCACAGAAUAUAGAAAGUGGUCGACCGCUCGCACAGAACAUAGAAAGUGGUCGACCUCGCCCACAGAAAACAGAAAGUGGUCGACCGCUCGCACAGAACAUAGAAAGUGGUCGACCUCGCCCACAGAAAACAGAAAGUGGUCGACCGCACCAACAGAAUAUAGAAAGUGGUCGACCGCCCCACAGAAUCGGAGAGAAACGUGUCGGUCGGAUAACCACGACCCAUAGUUGUGAAAUUCGAAUCCUGUCAGCAACAUGA